GGGUCUGGGAGUGGGCGGGGCUUGUCAAUUAGCUCACCGUUUAGCCAGAGCAGAGCCGUUUUAAUCUUUUAAUUUUCUGAACUUCUGGUUGGAAUAAGUUUAGAAAAAUGUCCCUUAACAGCACACGUUUUUAUUUUUGUGUUUUUCUGUUUUUUCUGCAACAUGAUAAAGUCCCGCUUAGUUACAGCAAAUACCAGGCAGUCCAGGCUUCAUCUUUGCAGACAUUGGGAGCUGUCAUUUUGCAACACCCUGUGAUGUGGGUGACACUCAGCUGCUUUGACAGGUGCUGGACAGCAGACACACUCGUAGACGAGCUGGCAAUAUUUCUUCAGGAUUGCCCACUUUCGGGGGUAAAGACCAAAACAGAAAAAGCGGGAAAAAUGGGAACCUUUGUUGCCACUAGAUCAGUUUCUUCUGCCAGUACCCAUCUCCAUCACUGCCACAUCAGCUGGUCCCAAGGUUGUGAGGUCAUCCAAACAUCUGGCCCCUCCGCCAUGUUUUCUAAGGUGCCACCUGACAAACCUGAUCUGUCUCUCACCGUAAAUGCACCUCAACAUGUGAAUGGCCUCCUGCCAGUUGGGCCUACUCCGAGUGCCGCAGUGUCAACAGUGACGAGAAAGGGCCAGAGGGGUGAUUUUUAG